AUGGGUGGCUGCAUGUCGAGAGAGGCAUCGGAGGAGAUGGAACAGAGGAAAAAGAGUCAGGCAAUAGACAGGGAAAUCAUGGAUGACUCGCGGCGGUUAAGACGCGAAUGUAAAAUUCUGUUAUUAGGAUCUGGUGAGAGUGGAAAAUCGACCAUCGUGAAACAGAUGAAGAUUAUACACCAGAACGGAUACACAGUAGACGAAUUGCAACAUUACCGAUUAACGGUCUAUAAGAAUUUGGUCGACUGCGCGAAGGCUCUGAUAGACGCUAUGCGACAGUUCGAUAUUGUACCGGAGCAUGAAGCAAAUAAGGAACAUAUGGAAUUUUUGUAUACCUUCCAAGUGGAUCCGGAUCCGAACGUUCCUCUCGACCUUCACGUUAGCAAGGCUGUGGCCGCGUUAUGGGACGACCCGGCGGUUCCUUCCGUACUAGAACACCAGAGCGAAUUUUACAUUAUGGAUUCGGCACCAUAUUUCUUUGCCGAAGCUGCACGGAUAGGUUCGCCAGAAUACAUUCCUUCGGAAGCGGAUGUACUACGCGCUAGAACAAAAACCACUGGUAUCUACGAAACGCGAUUUACUAUGGGACAGUUAAAUAUUCACAUGUUUGAUGUCGGUGGUCAGAGAAGCGAAAGGAAGAAGUGGAUUCACUGCUUCGAAUCAGUUACAUCUAUCAUUUUCUGUGUCGCAUUGAGCGAAUACGACCAAGUUCUAUUAGAGGAACAGAACCAGAACCGAAUGUUGGAAUCACUGGUACUAUUCGAUUCAGUCGUCAACAGCCGAUGGUUUGUUCGAACAAGUAUCAUCCUUUUCUUAAACAAGGUGGAUCUGUUCAGGCAAAAGCUGCCGCGGACUCCAUUAUCGAAUUACUUCCCCGACUACUCGGGUGGCCCGGAUGUCAAUAGAGCCGCGAAGUACCUGCUCUGGAGAUUCAACCAAGUCAAUCGUGCACACCUAAAUCUAUACCCUCAUCUUACGCAAGCCACCGAUACAUCUAAUAUCAGAUUGGUAUUUGCUGCAGUCAAGGAGACGAUCCUCCAGAAUGCCCUCAAGGACUCCGGUAUAUUAUAA